AUGGCUGAAGACCCAGAGAGGCCUCGUCCAUUUUUGUGUGACUGGCAGGGUUGCGGCAAGCGUUUCAACAGAAAGUCUGAUCUUCAGAGACACCACCGCAUUCACACAAACGAACGGCCAUACGGAUGCAACUGGCAAGAUUGUGGAAAGCGCUUCAUCCAGCGCAGUGCCCUCACCGUACACCUUCGAACGCACACAGGCGAAAAGCCUCACCAAUGCGAAGUUCCUGAAUGCAGAAAGCCAUUCGCCGACUCCUCGAGUUUGGCCAGACAUCGUCGUAUCCAUAGGGGAGAAAAGCCAUACCGUUGCCAAGAUGUUGGCUGUAACAAAGCUUUCUGCAGAAAAACGACCAGAGACAAGCACCAUACCAACUCCCAUCGGGGUGGUAUCAAUCGCUCCAUGACGCCCAGGCAGCAACUACACCCUAGCUUCGGCUCCGGGUUCGAUCAGUUCCACAUGUCGGCACCGCCCGAGCUUACAGCCAGCACCGAUAGUAGCCCGGCUGAUAGCACUGCCUACUCGCCUGCUGCUUUGGAAGGUGACUGGUCUAACCAAAAUUUCAACAACUAUACGCACCUGCCAAACUUGCAGGAAGCGUCGAUCGCCCUUCAGAACCAGAUCAGGUCGCAGCAGAUACCACAGCUCAUGUCCUAUAUGCCAUCAAGGGUUUUGCCGUCCUACUCUGCGCCUCCCCCAAAUAUGAUAACCCCACAGAUGCCGCAGCAGGGGAGCUUCAGCAGCUACUCACCUUCGCCUGUGGAGUCCGCUCAACAACAGCCAUGGGCGACAGGUUUCCAAAACAACCAACGCCAGUAUCCACGUGUGCUGACCUCCAACGACACCGCUCCCAGGAUGUUCUCACCCUAUCCGGCGCCACCCAACAUGCUGCCCGGUCAGAAUGACUUUAACAGUCAAUAUCCGCCGCCUCAACAGCAGCAAUCAUGGGGUAUGCCUCAAAACCAGGGCCAGCAGGAUCAGCGUCAGUAUUCACUGCCUUCUCCGUCGCAGCCCUUGACACCGGUACCAGUUUCUGCCGGUACUGGAACCAUGCAACCACUGCAGCCCAUGCCGGGCCAUAUCUAUGGCGCGAGACUCGUCGGUGAUGAUCUCAAUGACCACUUUUUCAAGGUCGAAACGACUGCCGAUGACAACAAUCCGGGAAUGACGCUGCCAGAUGCGAGGUUUGCUGGCUUGUAA